AUGGCGCAACCGAGGCCUCUUCAUCUAGCUAGAAGCAUGGCUGAAUUGCUAGCUCAACUUGAUUUUCAUGAUAACCGUAAUCAACCUUUAGCACUUAAACGAUUGAGGCGACAGUAUGAGAAAGUGAAGAAUGACACAAACGAAUAUUUGGAGGUGGACAACGAUCAAGAACAAGCAUAUCUAGCUUGCUGCAAGGCACUUGAAUAUUUGAACUUGUUAACGAAAUGUGAAGAAUACGCACAACAAUCGCAAGCCUUCCAGGCAAAGUAUCAACGAAGCUAUGCGGAUUGUGAAGAAAUAGAAUGUGUACUACGUUUACAAUUAGAACAAAGAUACAAAGAAUCGGAACUUGUUGUCAGUAAUAACCAAGAGUCAACUGAUGAACGCGUAAAUGAUGAAUCCGAAGAGAGUAAACAAGACACGCCUGUAUUGACUGUAAGAAGCCCUACGCCUUUACGAAUGACUGAAUACGAAGUAGCUCCAUCAAGAACUUUGACGCCUUUGCCCAAUCAGACAAUGCUACUGAAGAUGCGUCGUAGACGUGUACCGAAUCGACUAAUGGUAAAGCCAAUUGUAGUACUAGACAAGUUGCUUGUAAUUGAUAAACAAGAGAAAGAGCCUGUUACAACUUAUAAAACAUUUGACGAAUGUUUGGCAGCAACCAGACCCUUCUCAUCCAUGAGAAAUCGUGGUGAAUUGCCGAUAUCAGGACAGCUUUCAGCUCGACCACAAACACCAGCAAUACUACAAAUUCCGUGGAAAGAACGGCGCACUCGUGAAUGUGCCGUCUGUCUCGAUGAGAAGCCGAUCGCUGACUUUGGUGAGCGUUUCAGUGCAACAUGCAACCAUGAUCGACGCCAAAUGUGUACUGAUUGUGUGCGUAGGACAACACAUAGCAUUAUCAGAGAUAGUGUAACGACUGAUGUGCACUGUCCAGAGCUAAACUGCAAUGCGUUAUUUGAUUUCGAUACUGUUCAAAGACUUCUAGUUGAUUUCAACCCAUUUUCUGACCGCCCUAAGACAGCAGUGAAAGCAUUCGGGCAUCGGUUGGCUAUGGGAUACGUCGAAAACAUGAAAAAUUUUGUUUGGUGUGCACAUGGCUGUGGUUGGGGCUGUGAACUCGUUGAUGGUGCGGGUCCAAUGUUCACAUGUCUAAAUUGUAAAGAAAAAACGUGCGCCCAUCAUCGCAUUAAAUGGCAUUCUGGAAUGACAUGCGCAAAAUAUGAUCGCGAAUUGAUUAAAGAUAGAGAAUUCCAACAGAACAAAAAUUGGUUACGUGAUCAUGCAAAGGAGUGCCCGGCGUGCCAUAUAUUCAUUCAAAAGAAUGACGGAUGCGAUCACAUGACAUGUAGUCGUUGUAAACAUGAAUUCUGUUGGUUAUGCUUCGCCGAUUUUAAACCUAUUCGAGAUCAUGGGAAUCACAAUCAUGUACGCCAUUGUGCUCACUAUCGAUAG